GGUAACACACUUAUGCGAUGGAUGGCUACCAUCAGGUGGUACAAGAGUAAUUUCUACUGUAAUUGCAGUUGCUGCUCAGCAUACAAUUCAAAUGGCAAAUAUUAUGGCAAACCUGAAGACCUUCCAGCCAGAUUAUGGGAUUGGGAUGAAUGAGCCACUGUUUUGUCUGAGGUUUCAUGCCAAAGGACUGAUGGUGAAUGCUUGUGCCCAUGCACUUUUCUUCUGCAAACUGCUCAGUGCCACCAGGCCGAAAGAAGAGGGUUGUGAGGAUGAACCUGCUGGUUCCCAGGCUUGCAAGGAUAAUCAAAGACUGAAGAUUGGUAUUAUUGGUGGAGGCCAUCUUGGGAAACAGCUGGCCAGAACAUUGUUACAUCUGGGUGCCAUUUCAGGAAAGAACAUCCAGAUCUCCACAAGACGCCCAGAAACUCUAUUAGAAUUCCAGAAGCUGGGAGUUGGGUGUGUUUAUAACAAUAAGCAGCUGGUAGGCUGGGCAGAUGUUGUUUUUCUCUGCUGCCUUCCAUGUCACCUUCCACAUAUAUGUUCAGAUGUUCAGGCUUCUCUCAAAAACUCUUGUAUUAUGUACAGCUUGGUCACAGCAAUCCCUUUGACCAGACUGAAGCAACUUAUUUCCUCCUGUUCAAUCUUGAGGCCACAGUACACAUUUUCUGACAACAGCUCUUUUUCUAUGUGGGAGGCUGACAGGACAGUUGUGGAAGCCCUCAAAGACCCAGCAGUUAUCCAGGCGACGUGUCCUUGCAGCUCAAAGAGGGAAAUAGUUGUCAACAUGAAGUGGCUGGCAGCUGUGUUUUAUGCAGCUCUAAAUAGCUAUUCACAACAGCAUUUGUCCUAUACAAGGGCUCUGGAAUUGCUCAAUCAAGUAUGUUUUCCUGAAGGCAAUGCCACCACCCCACCACCAUUACUAGUUUGCGAAAAUUUUAUCAACCAAGCCUUUGCUUCCUCCUUGGCUGCUGAUGAUUCCUUCCCCUGGUUUGAUAUAACAACCGUACAGCUAAAAGACUCGCCUCUUAGCCAGCUUCUUGAAACAAAUAAAUCUCUUCAAGAAAAAACUGCUGCAUUUUACUGUAAUAUGGUAACAGCACUGCCCACAAAAAGUGAGGAUUUUACGACAUCUAUGACUAAAAAGAUACCACUUUCAGCUGUGCUGCUGAAACCCACGAAGUCACUGAAUUUUCAAAUGGAUGGAAUUUCCACAAGCAAAACAGAAGAGGCAUCUAGUACUGAUUCUGAAGAGUCAUAAAUUAUCUCUUCAAGUUGUCAGAAGUGGAAACAUUGUUUUGCUUUCAUUUUUAACAUUAAAAGAACUUUGGGAGCAGUGUCUAUGAUCACGUUGUAAGAAUUCAGAGGGUAAAUAUCAAUGAAAGCCAAUGGGAAAUUAAUUUUUGCAGUGAAAAACUAGGAAUAGAUGCAAAACAGAAGGGAAAUCCUAAAAGCCGCAUGAUUUGUGCGUCCCCCUUUCUAUCAUAUUUGUCCAUGGCCGCAUUCACAAGGCACACUAAAGUGUCAAACUGUUACUUUGUGCACAAAUUCUACCAUGUUACACCCUGUCAUUUAUGGCUCUGUAAUUCAAGUUUAUGUUUUAUUUUACCUUUUGGAUCUGAAAUGGCUGCCUCCUUGGCAUUCGUAAAUCCACUUUUCAGACAUAAAUUACAUUGUAAACACUGUAUUUAUAAGUUUGGUUAUUUGAUUUUUCAUGUAUCUCCUCCAUCUUUGCAUUUAUCUAAAACUUAAGUAUAUUAGCACAAUAUAACUGGCUCAACUAAAUACUGUUGCAGUCUUACAUUAUAAUAAUGACC